AUGUUCGAGAUACUCGACGGCGAUGUUGUUUGUUUUCAGGAGACGAAGAUCCAGGCUCGCGAUGUCACUGAGUCGAUGGCGCUGGUAGGUGGAUAUAACGCUUUUUUCACGUUUCCAGUCGCGAAAAAGGGGUACAGUGGCGUGGUUAUUUACGUGAAAAACGACAUCGUUGUAUACAAAGCUGAACAGGGUAUCACUGGGUGGCUGGCCAGCCAGGAUCACGAGUAUAAGUCAAGGUUCCAGAGUCAGAACCAGAGUCGGAAUCAGAGUUGGAGUGCAACCCAAAGCCCGAGUUGGAAUCAGAGCCAGAAUCGGAGUCAGGAUCAGAGUCUGGAUCAGAGUCUGGAUCAGAGUCUGGGUCGGAGUCUGAAUGCAGCAUCUGGCAGUGAUAACGGCAGUGGAGGUUUCGAGAAAUUGGCAUACAGAGACCUGCCGCCAGAUGAGUGUAUAGGAGGGUAUCCGGGUAAUAUUGACGAGAAAGUGGGACUGGAAAUUGACUCGGAAGGCAGAUGUGUAGUGCUAGAUCUGGGGUAUUGUGUGGUGAUAGGACUAUACUGUCCGGCUGAUUCUAUGGGUGAUAAAACAGAGUUUCGAAUUGCGUUUUUUGAGGCCCUUGAUAUCCGGAUCCGAAACCUGCUGAGUCUAGGGAGACGGGUCGUGGUACUGGGAGAUCUGAAUGUGACACGAGAUAUCGUCGAUUCAGCCAAAGGUCGAGUGGAAUUGGCAAAAGAGGGUCGACUGACGUCGGCCAAUCCUCAAACGGGAAUUCAAACUCCCGAGGAGUUUCUUAAAGCAAAUGAAAAAGAAGCCCAACUGUGGAGAUCUGCUUCUGACGUACGGAUAUUAUUUCAUAAAUGGCUAAAUAGGGACGGAGAUGUUGGACUUCGCGAUACUACACGAGAUCUACAUCCCCACAGAUGGGGCAUGUACACAUGUUGGAAUCAGUUGAUAGAUGCCAGACCGGGAAAUUUUGGUUCUAGAAUAGAUUAUGUGCUUACUUCGCCGGGAAUUGAGUACAUAGAAGCAGACAUUCUUCCUCAAUUGUAUGGAUCCGACCACUGUCCUGUGUAUGCCGAUUUGCUUUGGGAAGUUUCUUCACAGGACUCCUCACAGGGAACAUCUCUGGAAGAAUCUAUAGAAGCAUCAUCACAGGCAACGCUAGAUUCAGCGACGGCAAUACCAGAUUCAGUAACGACAGACUCAGCAAUUCCAAAUUCGGCGACAAACUCAUCCAAAACACAAUUGCAACAUCCUGGCCAACCUAUACCACCUGCACAACAACCCUACUUACCUCGCAUGUGUGCAUCCUUCAUGCCACAAUUUACCACAAAGCAAGCCAAUAUUAGAGCCCUGUUUUCAUCUUAUGGUGGUCCCAGCACCGAUAAUCAUAAAAAAACCUCACAACCCCCUGUCAAUGCCCGUCGCCCCACUUUGGAUGCAGAUGAAACUGACCGCUUGCAUUUGCAGUUCGUGACUCCUCCUAAUGCAGCAUUAAAGAGGCCGCCAUCCAAACCGAUAAAAGCCACUGCAUCAAAGUUUCAGAAAACCGGCACCAAGAAACGUGCACAAUCGUCUAUUUUAUCCUUUUGGAACAAACCUGAACCGGCCACCAAUAAUUCCGCCCUUAAUUCUAACCAUAGUACAUUAUCUCCGAUAACAACAUCAAGCAAAGAAGAAAUAUCAACACCAGUUUCUGAAUCGACUGAAUCUAUUGCUGAUACUGAACCCUAUUCAAUAACAACCCCAAAAAAUUCCAAAUCUGGAGAAUGGAAAAAACUCUUUGCCGCACCUGAACCUCCUCUUUGCAAAGUACACCAAGAACCAUGUAAAUUACUGAUUUCCAAGAAAAAUGGCCCGAAUAAGGGUCGUGCAUUUUGGAUCUGUUCAAGGUAA